AGGCCAUAUUUCGCAACUGUACACACUUUUCACGCAGACUGAGGUUGAGAAAAGACACUAACUUCUUUCUACUUGGAGUUUCAAUUAUUUAAUUAGAGCAUUAAUCAGAGCGUAAUCACGAUGUCUGAUUACGACCGGAUUUUAAUUAAAGGAGGUAAGGUGGUGAAUGUGGAGUGCUCCGAGUUAGCUGAUGUUUUUAUAGAGGACGGGGUGAUCCAGGCGGUGGGCCCUGAGCUACAGGUGCCGAUGAGUGGUACUCGGGUGCUGGACGCCAGUGGGAAACUGUUGCUACCUGGAGGAAUAGACACGCACACACAUAUGGAGCUGGAGUUCAUGGGCACUGUGGCCGUGGAUGAUUUCCGCACGGGUACCGAGGCUGCAUUAGCCGGAGGAACCACGAUGAUCCUGGAUUUUGUGAUCCCUCGAAAAGGAGCUUCUCUGCUGGAAGCAUACGAGAGGUGGAGGAGGAUCGCUGACGCGAAAGUGUGCUGUGACUAUUCCCUCCACGUCGCCGUUACCUGGUGGGAUGAUAGUGUCAAACAAGAGAUGGAGACUCUCGUCCGUGAGAGAGGAAUAAACUCCUUCAAGACAUUUAUGGCCUAUAAAGACGUGUUCAUGCUGCGUGACGACGAGCUCUACGCCGUUUUCUCUCACUGUAAGGACAUUGGAGCCAUCGCGCAAGUCCACGCUGAAAAUGGAGAUCUGAUUGCAGAGGGGACCAAGAAAAUGCUGUCUAUGGGAAUCACAGGACCUGAGGGCCAUGAACUCUGUCGGCCAGAGGAUGUGGAAUCAGAAGCCACUCAUCGUGCCAUCACCAUUGCCCAUGCCGCCAAAUGCCCACUGUAUGUAGUGCACGUCAUGAGCAAGUCAGCCGCAAAAGUGGUGGCUGACGCUCGCAGAAAUGGGCGAGCGGUAUUUGGUGAGCCCAUAGCCGCUGGCCUGGGUACUGAUGGCACUCAUUACUGGCACAAGGACUGGGCACAUGCAGCAGGAUUUGUUAUGGGACCCCCGCUGAGACCGGACCCCAGCACACCCGGCUACCUCAUGGACCUUCUCGCUAAUGAUGAUCUGAGUGUAACCGGGACUGAUCACUGCACAUUCUCCGUAUGCCAAAAAGCCCUGGGCAAAGACGAUUUUACUAAAAUCCCCAACGGCGUUAAUGGUGUAGAGGAUCGCAUGUCUGUCAUCUGGGAGAAAGGAGUGCAUAGCGGCAAAAUGGAUGAAAAUCGAUUCGUGGCAGUCACCAGCAGCAACGCAGCCAAAAUCUUCAACCUUUAUCCACGGAAAGGGAGGAUAGCCAAAGGCUCAGAUGCAGACUUGGUUAUUUGGGACCCAAACGCUACCAGGGUGAUUUCAGCGAAGACCCACAACCAGGCGGUGGAUUAUAAUAUCUUCGAGGGCAUGAAGUGCCACGGCGUUCCUCUGGUGACCAUCUCUGGAGGCAGAAUAGUGUACGAAAAUGGGCGUGUCUUGGCGAAGCCCGGGACAGGAAGGUUUAUUCACCGGAAGCCCUACUCUGACUUUGUGUUCAAAAGAAUAAAGCAAAGAGACGAGGUUGGGAAACUCUGUGCAGUGGCCAGGAUGCCGUAUAAAGGAGAAAUCAUAUGUAAGACUUAAAAUCUUAAAA